UUUAUCACUAUCACAAGUCACAAGCAACUAAUCUAAUCAAUCGCCAUGGGGAAAGUAGAUCCAGCUUUCAUUCAGGCGCCUGAACACAGGCCUAAACUUUCCGUCGUUGAAGCCCAAGGCAUACCUUUGAUUGAUCUCUCAGCUUUAAACUCUUCUGAAGGCACCAUUGAUGGAGCCCUGGUUUCGCAGAUAGGUGAUGCAUGCAAGAAAUGGGGGUUCUUCCAGGUGAUCAACCAUGGAGUGCCCCUGGAAAAGCGCCAGAGAAUAGAAGAUGUAGCCAGGAAAUUUUUCGCCCUGCUGUUGGAGGAGAAGAGGAAAGUUCGGAGAGAUGAGAAGAAGGUGUUGGGUUACUAUGAUACUGAGCAUACUAAAAACGUUAGAGAUUGGAAAGAAGUGUUUGAUUUUACUGUAUACGAUCCAACCUUCAUCCCAGCUUCACCUGACCCCGAUGAUGAAGAAAUAACUGAGUGGCAUAAUCAGUGGCCUCAGAAUCCCCCUGAAUUAAGGGAGGCAUUAGAAGAAUAUGCCAAAGAGAUGGAGAAACUGGCUUUCAAACUGUUGGAAUUGAUUGCUUUGAGUCUGGCGUUGCCUGGAAACAUAUUCCAGGGCUUCUUCAAAGAACAGACCACCUACAUUAGACUCAAUCACUACCCGCCUUGCCCAGCCCCUCACCUCACACUUGGCGUCGGUCGACACAAGGACAGCGGGGCCUUAACUGUACUCGCUCAAGAUGAUGUUGGAGGACUUGAAGUGAAGAGAAAAUCGGACGGCAAGUGGGUUCGUGUCAAGCCCACCCCGGAUUCUUAUACCAUAAACGUUGGUGACAUGGUUCAGGUGUGGAGCAAUGAAGCUUAUGAGAGCGUGGAGCACAGGGUGAUGGUGAACUCAGAGAGGGAAAGAUUUUCGAUUGCGUACUUCUUAAUGCCUGCACAUUACACCAUUGUGAAGCCCUUGGAUGAGGUGAUAAAUGAGCAAAAUCCUGCUAAAUAUAGAGCAUACAAGUGGGGAAGGUUUUUCGCACAGAGAAAGCUGAGUAAUUUCAGGAAGCUUGAUGUGGAGAACAUUCAGAUCUCUCAUUUCAAGAUAGAAGACCUAUCAAACAAGCUAGAGGGAGCUCUCAAAAUCAAGAAGUAAACAUUAAUCAAGUUGCUUUCUGUGAUUGAUAGCAAGCUGUAAGCAUAGCAGAAAUGAGGCUUUGCAAAUGUGGUGUGCGUUUCAGCCUAGUGCUCUAAUAAUGUCCUGUAAAUGAGAAUAAUGGAAUUUGAUGGAGAUUUGUCUUUCUGAA